AUGCCAACCCCUUCAGUCCCAAGUUCUUCUUCCUAUCCCCAGCUCUCCCACACUAAUCAGCUACCUACUCCAGCUCGCUCUGUGUCUUCAACUCCCAUCUCGAAAGCACCAACUUCGAAGCUCUCGUGGGGGCAGAAGAUACAAAGACUCCUGGGAAGGAGGAGUACUAGCGAGUCGAACUUCACACAAGAGAGUCUGGAGCACCACAACCGCAGACAGGAUAGUCUCGAUCGUGAGCUUCAGAACAGGGUUCAGGAAAUCAGUCUCCGUGAGGCCUUCACUGCCGAGCUUGAGAGAGACUUUCCAAAAUACAGUCCAUACUACAUUCGUGGACUCACAUAUCCAAAUCCGAAAGCUCUUGUACCUUCUAGUCCUGGACCAGCCGCAAGCCAACCAUCUUCUGCUGCUACUCGGAGCUCUUUCUCAACUAUCUUGAUUAAACUGAAGGAGUGGAGCUCGUGCAGUUCCCGCUCUGUGAAAGACAAGCUUUACGACAAGAGGCUUAAGGCUCAAGCAAGCUACAGUACUCCAGUGAAAUCUAGGCGUGCUACACCAGUAACACCAAAUGAACUGUCCAUUCAUUCCGAAACAUCGAAUAUGGUGGUAACCGAUCGUGAAGACAUCAUCGGCACUGUUGAAAACAAAGAGAAGCCAUUGAGGGAGAGAGUACUUGGAGCAGCAGCUGCGGCUGCUACACCAGAAAAGGCCGAAAAGGUGACAGAUGUAAAAGAGUAUAUAUGGGCAGACAAGUACCAGCCUCAGUGCCUGGAAGAUUUCAUAUGCAACAGAGACAAAGCAACUCAGCUACAGGUUCUGGCCAGAGGUGGAGGGUGUGGACAUUUCAUAUUCGAAGGGCCUCCGGGAGUGGGCAAGAGAACUAUGAUCUGGGCUAUGUUGAGAGAGGCUUUUGGACGUGACACUAUACAAGCUAGGGAGGAAUUCAAGGCAUUCGACUUGAAGGGUGAAGUGGUAGGCAGUAUUGAAGUACAUGUCAAGCAAUCUCCUCAACAUGUAGAAGUGAAUCUCUCUGAACUGAAGGGUUAUGAGAAGCAUGUAAUUGUUGAACUCAUGAAGGAAACACAGCCCAAGAUGCCUAAUAAAUCAACUUUGCCAUGCAGCCUUGACAACUGCCGAGCACUGAUCUUAUAUGAGGCAGACAAGCUAUCCACAGAUGCCCUACUUUAUAUUAAGUGGCUCUUAGAAAGGUAUAAAGGGUGUAAUAAGGUCUUCUUCUGCUGUUCUGAUGUCGCAAAGCUUCAGGCCAUCAAGUCAAUUUGUACUGUCGUUGAGCUUUUACCGCCUUCUAAGAAUGAGAUUGUUGAAGUUUUAAAAUUUAUAGCCAAACAAGAAGGCAUAGAUUUGCCGCAUCAACUCGCUGAAAGGUUCGCUGAGAGUUCUAAAAACAGCUGCCGUCUGGCAAUUCGUUCAUUUGAGGCCACAUGGAAAAAGGGUUCUUAUCCCUUUAAAGAAGAUCAAGUAAUUUUGACAGGUUGGGAGGAUGAAAUUGCAGAUAUUGGCAAGAAGAUGAUCGACGAGCAAAGCCCGAAACAGCUAUACAUUAUCCGGGGAAAGCUUCAAAAUCUGAUCGUUCAUGGUGUAUCUCCUGAAUUUAUUUUCAAAUCCCUAGUUGCAGAGCUGAAGAAGUAUUUGGAUGGGAACUGUCAGGUUCGACUUGAAGGCAUGUAUGGUGAAUUCAAUAGGAAUGACGAAUCUAUGUUUGAGAGUGACAAAGCACUGACAGUUUCUCGACAUCAUGAGGAAACGGGUAAAAGGAUCAAUGAUUCAUCCAAGAAGAAUAUACACAAGUUCAUGAGGAUUGAGGAGUUUAUAGCCAAAUUCAUGAGCACCUACAAGGGUUACAUGAGUACCAAAACUUAUGAUACUCCAACAUAGCUAGGGAAAGACUUCUUUUUGGCCAGCUAGCCAAAGAAAACUCCCAACAGAACUAUUAUGUCUUGAUACUUACAUCCGGAAUAUGCUCUCUUCUGUUUGUAAUCAUACUUCUUCAGGAGAAUGCUCUCUUCUGUUUGUAAUCAGAUCGCUGCUGCUGAAAACUAUCAUUGUUUCUUGUUUUACGCGUGAGUAGAUAGCGUACUAUCACGCAUGGGGCCUUGAACUAUACGCGUGUAUCUACUAUGGAACUUAAUAAGGUAUUGUACGCUGACAAGAGUAUUUGUCAGAUUACAUGUUGAAUUUGGAGUGUACAAAAUGGUCUGCUACUUUGCUCAUGAUGUAAAGAGAUCGAAUGAUAGGCAUGCUCUCUAUUAGCAAUGUAAAUAUCAAAUAUCAGUACCUCUACCUUUCUUGUUUUCCGACAAAAGGGUUUG